AUGCCCAAGAGUUGGGAGGGGCAGCAAAGCAAGGGUCAAGAUCUGCAGCAACCAACGUGGGAAGGCAAAGACCAGACGGGGCGCCCACAAGCGCUUGAGAUGCCUCGAAGGGUGAGUGGUCGGGGCGUGCUCGGGUCGCGCAGCGGCAGCGACUUAACGGUCACUCGAUCAAAUCGUUUAGCGAAUACAGUGACAAUAAUCUCAUACUGUGAACACGAACGCAGUGACCAGUUGUACGAGAACGAAACCAGUGAAAGCUGUGUGAUGGCGCGCGAUGCAGUAGGGUCGGCGACGGCACGGGCCGAGCUGCCGUCACAACGGGCACACAUUCUCGCCCCGCGCGUGGCUUUGCUACCAGCCAGUCCGGCCAAAUGGCUGGCGGAGAAGAAUCAGCGGGAUCAGGCGGUCUUUGGCGUUCCGGCGCAUCUUUGGCAGGUCCACGGGCAGCUGUAUGACCUGACCGCCUACCUGUCACGCCAUCCCGGUGGGCGCGAGUGGCUCGAGAUGACACGGGGUUCAGAUGUCACGGUGUUCUUUGAGACCCACCAUCUGAAUCAGGCCAAGGCUUGUGCCGUCUUGCAGCAAUACCGAGUUGAUCGUUCCACGCCUCCUCCUGCCACCAGCUCCGACGCCUCGGCUGAUGCCUAUGAGUGGCAGCCGGACGGCUUUUACUGCACGUUGCGUGACCGCGUUCGAGCCACGUUGCAGCAAAACGGCACGUCUGAAGCACCCACGGCGGUGAUGCUGGCCUACUGCUACACUUUUGUGGCGCUAUGGUUCUUGGGCUUGUUUGGGACGCUGUUUUGGUGCAGUUGGGCUCUAUCCGUCGUCACGGGACUUCUCACACUCCCCGUCAUGGGGAUUGGCCACAAUUUCAUGCACAAGCGCAAUCAUAUCCUGCGAUAUACCUUUGACCUCACCUGCUUUGGGCACCACCAAUGGCGGAUCAGCCACGUUCUCAGUCACCAUUCGUAUCCGGUCUGUGACAUAAUCGGCCAAUGA